CGGUGCCGAACUCCAUGCUCGACUAAGGCCUGCAGAGCCGAUCCCGGUCGAUCAGCGCUUCGACCGAGGCGCUCCGACUCGGAGUCCUCACCAUGCAAAUCUCCUCACCGCUUCCCCAGCGCCACGAAACCGAAUGUCUUUGUCCCCCACACCGCCUGCAUAGAGGAGGCUCCGACGCGAAAGGCGGCAAUUCGAGUUGCAGGGAACUUCCCUGAAAGACGACGGCAUUGCAGUGUUGCAGCAUUGCACACGGUGGACGGGCCAAUACAAUCGCGCACAGCGCUCGGCAAGCGCUGUGAUCUGCGUGCUGGUCGGGGGCGACACACUGCAAAAGGAGCGUUUGGUGUUAGGCGUGUCGUCGUUCAGGAGCACCCAACCGAACGCUGCUUAAUGGCGAGCAGCGGCGCAACUCCGAGCAUGAAUGCUAGCAACGUCAAGUUCCCUCUGCCGGACGGGUAUUUCCCGCCGGUAAACCUUACGCCGGCCGAGAUCGAGGUAUAUGAGCAACGCGUGGAGAUCAUCAUGAAGAACGCACUAGCCGAGUACAACCUGCACGAGGCUAUGGGUGCUCGGCCAGACUACGGUUCUCGCUGGAGCGUAGUGGGCAACGUCGAGCACCUCACUGCUAUUCGUGAGGUCGAUCCGUCCAGGGCAGUCGAAGCUUCGCGCAUUUUCGGCCGCGUGGACGGCGACUACCGCAACUUUAUCGACUUCUUCUACUCCGUUUCAUCACAAGAGGUGUUCGCCGUAAACCAGUUCAUGUAUGGAUACGCCGUGGAUGCCGCGGUGCUGUGCAACAUCCACACGAAAGAAUCCAACAAGCCGCACCAAUAUCUGGGCAUGAAAUGGGUUUGUCUGCAGCCGUCGUCGCUCUCGCGCAAGCGCGAUAUGUGUUUCCUCGAGUAUCUCGUCUACACUAAGGAUCUACAGGAACGAGACGUCGGUGUCCGUAUCACGCUGCCUCUGAUCCUGGAUGAGUGUCCGCCGCUGCCGGAUAAGCUGAAGACCCGGCGAAUUCACACGCACACGGUGACAAUCGUUCGUCCGACGAACGACGGCGCCGACGCUACUCAGAUCUUCUCGACCAGCGAGGUCGACAUGUACAAGGGCUCGAACUCUUCAUCAGUUGCUACUUUCAAAAAACUCAUGACCACACUGAGUUCUAUGGCGUUGUUUGCGGACUCGAAGCGCAUCUCGAUGCAAGGCAUGCUGGAUCGCAGCAGUUGGGCGCCGAAGAAGGCACGCGCCAACUGCUCCGUGUGCAACCGCAAGUUCUCCCCCACGCGACGCCGGCAGCACUGCCGUCUCUGUGGUGAAGUGGCUUGUCGUCGUUGCAUGACGAUCCGUGACGCCCCAAUGCUUGAUGACAGUGCUUCUUCACCUGCCCGCACGUUCCAAGUAGUGAAGACCAUGUUCUGCAAGGCCUGUAUGGGUAAGGUUCGCGACUCCGACACCAAAAGCAUCGCGGGGGCUGACAGUCAGGACGAAGGUGCGUCGGAUGCCGAGUCCACCGGUUGGUUCGCGGACAAGUCCCGCAGCCGAAGCUUUGACAACGAGUACAAUAACGCGCUGAAUGGCAGCUCAUCGGUUGCUUCCCUAUCUCCGGCUAACCUCAGCUCAGCUCGCUCUGCACCACCUCAACAAGAGGAUGUCGAAGACGAAGACCGCAGUAUUGAAAGCACGAGCUUGCUGCAAGGAAAGUUCUCGAACAGUAUCGAUGCGGAGGUUCAUUCGGAAACGAAAACAAGCGUGUCGUCGUCCCAGGACGAUGAGAUCGAGGUCGAGGUCACGGAACCUGUUGCUCCAAUGGUGAUUGAUCUACGCCACCUCCGAACGAUGGCUGGAGCGGAGCGUGUUGUCCAGGAGAUCGAGGAAGAGGAAAUCCGGGCGAUGCGUGAAUCUCUUGCAGCGUUGGACUUCAAGGCCGUUCGCCUCGUGGACUCACCGUCAAACGCAGACAACGAAUCCGGCCACGGAUUUUCGAGCAACAGGAGCGGCAAGCUUCCGCCGAUGGACGACGACGACGACGACGACGACGACGAGGCCGAUGUUAUCGAGAUUAUUGACGAUGAAUCGACCCAAAUUGUCUCCACCACACGGCAGAUCGUGUCGUCUCCGCUGGACGAAUCUCCUAUGGACGGCGGUGCACUAGCAGAGCAGGUCUUAUUCAGCUCAGCGCGAUCAAACGUGUCCAUCGACCAGCGUCUUCAGGAGCAGGAAGUGCUUUUAAAGCGUUUGGUGAUGGCGGCCAACUCGUCCGCCGGCUACUACCCUCCAAGCGCGCGCGGAUAGCAGAAAACGUUCGAACCAUGAUCGAACUAAAACAACUAACGAUGACGCCCGGCAGAAGGUUGUAGGGUAGUCACGUACAUCACACGUAGUGUUAGGGCCUUCGAGUGUAUUGCCAUUUUCUGAAUUAAUGUUUCAGUGGUCUAGUUGCUCCUAAAGAAGAGAUUGCACCUACACGUUCAACUG